AUGGACAACCCCGAUCUUCUACCAUGUCCAUUCUGCCCCUUCUCGGAUGCAGACGCCAGCUUUCUGGAGAUGCACAUUGAUCACUGUCAUCCAGAAAAUGGGGCCCCGCAGAAUCUCACGCCUGAUCUGCAUGGGCUAGAGGACACGCGAUCUCUGUCGCCGUUGCCGACAGAUGAUGACUCAACGGAGAAAUACAUUGAUUGUCCACAUGGGUGUGGAGAAACGGUGACUGCAGCCGAGCUGUCAACACAUCUAGAUCUCCAUUUCGCGGAGGGUAUGGCGUUUGAAGACACGGUGGAUGACUCGCCCCAUUUCCAUGCAGACUCCACAAGCCCGAGUGAUGAUUAUGACCUGCCGCUUGAUCAAGAGGACAAGCUUGACCUUCAGGGUGCUCUUCAAGGCGGUAAAAGAGGCUCAGAUCGUGACUUUGCACGCACGAAUAACAAUACCAAACCAACUCGAGCAAAGAGCCCACCUCGGACUCGUGGACCGGAUGGCGCAAUGAGACUUGGGCGCGCGGAACUGGGUCCCCAUGCCCACGAGAAAAAGAUGCCUUCAUGGCUGAAGAACAUGCUGGAAAAGGGUGGCCGAACCUCGAAACAGACCCAUAUCACCACUGACGGAAAACUGGCGAGGCAGACUACGGUAGAAAACGAGACGGACAAGCUCAUCCCGGUCAUUGCGAAGCUAUGCGAGCAAGAUGAGACCGUCCAACGGGCUUUUCUUUGCAACCCCAAGGUUCGACACAUUUGCAAACUUUCCCGUGAAGGUGGAUUCUGUGGGUAUCGGAAUAUUCAGAUGCUUGUGUCGUAUAUUACAAAGACGCAAAGCUUGGGCCACACGCAUUUUCCCCAUGGUGUGCCGUCGAUUCUGGAUAUCCAGGAUCUGAUCGAGCAGGCUUGGGACAUGGGAUUUAACAGCACCGGAAGAGCCGAGACGGGAGGUAUCAAAGGGACACGGAAAUUCAUUGGAACACCCGAAGCACAAGCUCUGUUCCAAAGUCUUGGGAUUCCCUGUGAUGCGAGUAGCUUGGCUGCGAGUGAAGGAGUCCCGGCACACGAUAAACUCUACAUGGAUGUAGCGAGCUACUUCCGAUCCGUAUGCUCACUAGACGAUGAGACCAAGAAAGUCUUCCAGACCGAGCUCCCACCAAUCUAUUUUCAACAUCAAGGGCACUCAAUGACCAUCGUGGGAUUCGAGAUCCGCGACAAUGGCUCCGCAAAUCUACUGGUGUUUGAUCCCAUGUUCAAGACAUCACCGGCAAUGCAACGUCUGAUUGGCACGUCCGCGAAAUGCGACAAUCCCGUCCGCCUACUCAAGGCAUAUCGGAGGGGUACCAAGUAUUUGCAGAAGUAUAAGAUUUUUGAGCUUCUCAAAUUAAUCCCAGGAACCGCCUCGCCCGAGACGACCUCGACGUGA